AUGGUGCUUCGCACCCCUCCUGCUGCCAUUGCGGCAGCUUCAGCUCGUCGCUCCAUCCUCCAAUCCACAAUACACACAAAUCCCUCCAGAUGUCUCCUAUUACGGCCUCACCGGACAUCUCAAUUUUCAACCUCCCUUCACCAAUCUCUCAAACCUCGCCAGAAUACUACAGCCCCAUCGGCUCUCCGACAACAGCAACCCCGCCGCCAAAUCACAAACAUCGCAGAACCCAAAAAUGCGUCUUCAUCCACCACCGCCACCGUUUCCACUCCCAUCCCCAAGAAGCAACGUUUUCGCGUCCUUCGCUUUCUCUGGCGCCUCACCUGGCUCUCCACCCUCGGCGGCGCUGCCUACCUCACUUAUCACAUCUACGACUCCAAACACCCUCCCGAACAGCUACCCCUCGACCCCGCCAAGAAAACCCUCGUAAUCCUCGGUAGCGGGUGGGGGUCCGUCUCCCUCCUUAAGAAGCUAGACACGGAAGACUACAAUGUUGUCGUCAUCUCGCCGCGAAACUUCUUCUUGUUCACUCCAUUGUUGCCAAGUUGUACGACGGGGACAAUUGAACACCGAAGCAUCAUGGAACCUCUUAGGCAUAUCAUUCGUCACAAGAAAAGAGCUGUGAAGUACUAUGAAGCCGAGGCGACAAAGAUCGAUGUCGAUAGGAGGGUGGUUAAGAUCAAUGAUUUUUCGGAUGUCAAGGGUAAUGUGUCUGAGACGGAGGUACCGUUUGAUUACCUUGUUGUCGGCGUGGGCGCUGAGAAUGCGACCUUUGGUAAGUUUCUCAUGUUGUGUCUUUUUGGUAUUCCCGGGGUUAAAGAGAAUGCGUGCUUUCUGAAAGAGAUCGGAGAUGCUCAGCAGAUUCGAAAGAAGGUGAUGGAUUGUAUCGAGACUGCGACGUUCAAGGAUCAGACGGAAGAAGAGAAGGACCGGUUGUUGCAUAUGGUCGUCGUUGGUGGAGGUCCUACUGGUAUUGAGUUUGCGGCAGAACUGCAAGAUUUCUUCGAGGAGGACCUUCGAAAAUGGGUCCCUGAUAUUGCCGAUAGAUUCAAGGUGACCUUGGUAGAGGCACUACCUAAUGUCUUGCCUAUGUUCUCGAAAUCCUUGAUCGAUUACACCGAAAAGACAUUUAAAGAUGAGAACAUCAGCGUCCGAACCAAGACCAUGGUCAAGAAGGUGACCGACAAGAACAUCGAAGUCGAAGCCACCCAAGCCGACGGCAGCAAAGUUAAGGAAAGCAUCAACUAUGGUCUCCUUGUCUGGGCGACCGGAAAUGCCGUCCGCGGUGUAGUCCGAGACUUGAUGACCCAACUCCCCGCGCAGAAGAACUCAAGGCGUGGUUUGGCAGUUAACGACUACUUGGUCGUAGACGGUACCGACGGUAUCUGGGCGCUUGGUGACUGCAGUGCGACAAAAUAUGCACCAACAGCGCAGGUAGCUGCUCAACAAGGAAAUUUCCUUGCCAGGUUGUUCAACUCCAUGGCGAAAACACAAGCUGUGGAGGAGGAACUACGAAGUCUGGAUGCUCGGCUGCAGGCAUCAGCAGAUGAUGCCGAGAAGGCGUUGUUGAACGCGGAGAUUAAUGCCAAAGGACGAAGCUUGUCAAAGGUAAAGCAGUUGUCACCGUUCCAGUAUUCGCAUCAGGGUUCGUUAGCGUACAUUGGUGCGGAUAGAGCGGUGGCGGACCUUAAUUGGUUUGGCGGGGCCAUUUCGUCGGCUACUGGUGGUGAGUUGACGUACUUGUUUUGGAGAAGUGCGUACGUUUCGAUGGUGUUCAGCUUGAGGAACCGAAUAUUGGUGCUUACGGAUUGGUUGAAGACGAAGGCGUUCGGUAGAGAUGUGAGUCGAGAGUAA